AACGCGUUUCGCGUAGUGCGGCAACGAACGCUCGGCCACGCACGUAGUAAACACGUGCGAGCGCGGCUCAGUCGAGACGAGACAAAACGAGAUACUGUGUACAAGUAUCGCGAACUAUAUGUUUACUAUUUGCCGUAAGAGUGACAAGCAAGUAGUCCAACGAUCGGCUGAAUCGAACUAGUCGCUCCGGAUGUAAAUUUUUCCCCGAUCUUCUUCGCUGGCCGAAGUCGCACGAUCCGCAGUGCACCUGAUCUCGUGUCGCGGCGCACGGAAUUCGCGCGAGUGUGAAAAAAAACAGUAGGGUGCAGAAAUUUGAUCGGUAAAAUUAUGGCUAAGUUCACCAAGCGGCAAUGGCUCACUCUGAUUGUCAUCAGCAUCGCCGAUUUCGCAAAUGCCAUCUGCGUCUCGCUACAAGCACCGUUCUAUCCUCAAGAGGCCGAGAAAAAGGGAGCGUCGCCAUCGGAAUAUGGGCUGGUUUUCGGGAUUUUCGAGCUAGUGGUUUUCAUUAUUAGCCCGUUCUACGGACAAAAUCUCAAUCGAAUCGGACCGAAGCUUCUGUUCAAUGGUGGUAUCCUGACCACAGGCACUUGCGCCAUAUUCUUCGGCUUAUUGGAUAAAGUCGAUGGUCAUUAUCCCUUCAUAAUCCUGUCCUUUUUGAUCAGGAUUGUGGAGGCAAUGGGAAAUGCUGCAUUUCUAACAGCUAGCUUUGCCAUUAUCGCUAAAGAAUUUCCCAACAAUGUUGCUACGACGUUCGCGAGUUUGGAAACAUUCUUUGGCUUGGGCCUUAUCGUAGGCCCCACAGUUGGAGGUGCACUCUAUCAGAUAGGUGGAUAUACCACACCAUUCGCGGUCCUUGGCUCAGCGUUAUUCGUGGCAGCCGUCAGCACUGCAUUCAUUCUACCCGUGCAUGACGAUAGCGAUAAUGAUGCGCACAACACCGGAGGAGUAAUGCAAGUUUUGAAAAUUCCCGGCGUGAUGAUCGCCUCGAUGUCGAUAAUCGCAACGAGCAUGAGCAUUGGAUUUUUGCAAGCGACGCUGGAACCGCAUCUGAGGCAAUUCAACUUGAGCCCAGUGGUGCUCGGCUUAAUGUUUGUCAUUAACGGCGGCACUUACGCGAUAACUGCGCCAGCAUGGGGCUGGCUCUGCGACAGUUACUGGCAUCCAAAGGUAGCAACCAUUGCCGGCUGCUUUCUCGUGAUGGUCGGUUUCUCGCUGGUCGGUCCAGCACCGUUCAUCCCGUCGCCCACCAUAAUCUGGAUGCCUAUCAGCGGCCUUGUGAUCCACGGCUUAGGCAUGGCUGCUCAACUGGUUGCGAGCUUCACGGAUGCCUUGAGAACGUCCAUAUCGUUUGGAUUUCCGAAUAGUCUUGAAAUUUACGGUCUCAUCAGCGGAUUGUGGACAAGUACCUUCGCUCUCGGUGCUUUCAUCGGUCCCAGCGUCGCUGGGAUUCUGCUGGACAACGUCGGUUUCAGACAUGGCUCUAUGUUUAUCGUGUUACUUCACAUGUUAGUGGGCGUGGUAGCCGCAGUGUUCCUGAGCAGUUGCGCCCGCGCACCCAAACCGUACACCGACGUUGGCACGGUCGAGGAUCUCAGGGCACCGCUGAUGGAGAGCGGCCGAUUAGGCAGCGGUAGUCUGCAUCAGAACGGACGGGGCCAGGGUGUGCCGAUCGACAGGCCCGGCGGCAUGAAUUCGCUGAUCGUGUGUAACAGUUAUUCCAAUAGAGCUGGUGCAUGGUCCAGGGCAUCGUACAGCGGCCGCUACUCCCACAGCUACGGCUCUAUAGAGAACAAACGUUAUCUGGAGCUCACCACAUGAUAACGAACAGUCAACAUCUUGUCUAGAAACGGCAACGAGAGUACAGCGCAGGAUUCUGACACUCUACACGCCGUCGUUCACACUCUGGCUUUCAUCGCGGUCGCUCAAUCUCCGCAAUAAACUGCAAUAUUUGAGCGGAAACACAAGAGACUGUUUCUUAUUCUAAAAGAAUAUCAGACAAAAGUCUCAUCAUUCACUUUACCGGCAAGCUAUGAUGGAACAUAUAUGAUAAUAUCAUAAAUAAUUUUUCGUAAAGCCCAUUUAAGCUUACAAUCAUAUCGCGAUAAAAGUGAUAUAAAAUCAAAAUUGACAAAAAGGAAUAGCUUAAGUAUGUCUAUUUAAAUUAAUUCUUAUUACGCUGUGCAAAUAGCAUGCUGUACCUUUAGCACAGUAUAAUUAGAAUUAAUAUUCUACGUCACCGAAGGUAACGCAAAUUUUAUAUAACAUAUAUACAUGGUCGGUCCAGAAAGUAUCGGGACUGAUUUUCUCUAGCCAAGGGAAAGGGGUGGGAGUCUUAGCACCGAAUUUUUCAGUUCUUUUUUCAGCAAAAAUUCGGUGCUAAGACUCUUGCCUUUUGGACUCUGAUCGACGUCUUAGUGUUUGAGUUUCACCCAAAACUUGAUCGCAUACCGCUGUUCAAUCGCGCGCUGCAUUUUCAUUUCUGACGACACUACAAAACAACUGCUCACUCCGGGCGUGAUCUACACUCUGCAAAGGCUCAGAGGCAAUUCGCGUCGUAUACCUGACAUUUCCCACUAAUUUCCCUGCCCGUACAGACCACCCCCUUCUCCUUCCCUUUGGCUAGGAAAAAUCAGUCCUGAUACUUUUUGGACAGACCAUGUAUGUAUAACUUCAAGUGCAACGUAAUGCGUCGCAAUGCUGAGUUACAUUCACUGUUAUCAUAGUAGGAUUAAUACGACAGCAACUACGAUAAUUAUUAUAAUAAUAAUUAGAAAAACUCUUCAUGCGAAAACGGUUGAACCCUCAUUUAAAUACGCGAGUUUCAUUCUCUCGCUGUCUCCGCACUGUCUUAAUCGUGCUAUCUUAAUUUUUUAAUUAAGUUAAGUAAGUUUUACAAUAUGAGAAGAUUAUAAGAAUAUUUUUAUACAACGUUAAUUAGGAUUGAUAGACUAGAAAAUUGAUAAAAUAGAAUGUAAUCUGUAAUUAAAUGUAAAUGCAAUUUCAGAGUAAUAUGUAAAUCGUGAUUUUUCAGUACAUUCUUGGUGUCUCCUUACAUUUAAGAUUUCAAAGACUGCGUACGUAAAAAGUCACAGCAUUUAAAGGUUGAAGCAACCAAUCCCGAAAGAACGAAGUCGAAUAAGACAUACUGGUGCAUAAAACGCUUCAAGCAGUAUUCACGAGAAUGCAUUAUCGGCGAUCGCUUUAUCGCGAUUUACUUAAGGAGUUACAACACUCAAGAGCCCCCCAAAAAAGUCAAUUUUCGGAGAUUUUUUCUGGAAUAUAAUAAACAUAAAUAAAAAUCUGUUUAAUCCUUAUUAUUCUCUACACAUUGAAGUGUAAAAAGAAUUUUUUAUAAAUUUUUUCUCAACAAAAUGGCGGCGCCAAAACCAUGGAACCAAAGUGCCUCUUUGCGGAAGUCGCAUCAAGGGCGGAAACGAAGCUGCCUCAUCCUUUGAGCUGGAACAAAAAGCCAAAGAUUUUUGACAAAUAUAUAACAUUUUCUUUCGAACUACGUACGGAUUUUGCAAAAUACCAUUUUUUGUAAAAAUAGUGCGCGUUGGAAAAGAAAAUUGCACUUUUUGCUACAAAAAUUUCGCACAAAAGUGUUUAUAAAAACCACAAUUUUCGACUUAUCGCAAAGACCGUACGUAGUUCGAAAGAAAAUGUUACAUAUAUUUCAAACAUCUUUGGUUUUGGUUCCAGCUCAAAGGGUGAAGGAGCUUUGUUUCCGCCCGUGGGGCGAUUUCCGCACUUUACAUCCAAGGCUCUGGCGCCGCUAAUUUGUUAAAAAAUUCAUUAAAUUUUUUUUAUAAUACUUCAAUGUAUAGAGAAUAAAUAAAAAUAAACAGAUUUUCAUUUACGUUUAUUAUAUUUCUGAAAAAAGUCACCGAAAAUUGGGUUUUUUUGGACUUUAAAGUGUUGUAACCCCUUAACGGAUUCACGCUGCAACGUAUUUUUUCUAUUAAGUUCUCGAUUCGACUUCGAUUCUUCCGUUAUUGUUACUAUUACAUAUUACCAAUAAUAAUGUCUAUACUCCAGAAGAAGGUCAGUCCUAUUAUCUACAAAAUUUACACGGCACGCACAUAAAAUUAUCGACUUCUCUAACGAUACACCUGUUAAAUGUUACUCUUUGUUCACAACGUAUGUACGUAUAUUUUAUCGAUAUGGCUUGUCAUAUGAAAGUUGAGAUGCGUUAGAAAUCAAAUCGUUGAAAGGCGUUAGAGGCUUCUUAGAGAUGAAAUACCCUUAUAGCUCGCAACUCGACGCUACGUAACGGCCAAUAAAGAGUCUUCAUUUUAUAUAAAUUUUAACAGCGUAGAGAGUUAUAGCAAAGUGAUGUAACGAUCUCGCUAUAAAAUUAACCGUUGUAAUGUAAAAUGGCAUCGAUAUCGAAUACUUUGCCGUACUUUGCAGCAUCGGAAAACGUUGCCGGUAUUCAAUUGGUGAUGCUUAAAUCUAGAAUUAUGCAAUUAUACCGUUGCACAAACCUGUACUUGCAACGGCAUAAUCGCAUAAUUCUAGGUUCGAGCGCCAACGGAAAAAGGUAACGGACGUUGUGGGUGUUAAUGGUGUCGUCGAUAUCACGUGCAAAUGACUUUCGUAACAAGCUUGCAGUGUGAUUAUUGCCAAUCAUCACUGCAACUGUUCACACGAGAGAGAAUCAAGGGAACUAAAUAACGAAAUUGUACAUAUACCGUUUUAAUUAUUACUGCUAUUUUACCGCUGAAUAAUUGUCACUCACGCAUCAUAUAUGUCUGUGCGUAUGUGUGUAUGUAUGUAUGUAUAUGUGGGUGAGGGAGUUUUUUAACAAUAUGCCAUAUAAUUCAUUGUAAGAUAAUUUUAUGAAAAUAAAAUAAUAGAGGGUAAAUGCACGUAAAUUAUAAAUUAGGAGAGUCUGUAACAAAAAUGUUGUUAUUGAAAAUAUAUAAUUCCCAAUUA